UCCUCGGGGCACUUCUGCAGUCCGGCCCGGACCUCGGCCUGGGUGUGAGCAUUGUGUGUCAGAGUGUGUGUGUGUGUGUGUGUGUGUGUGUACUCCUAGAGGCCGUGUCCAGCGGUGGCCUGCCCCGGCUCGCUCCAGCCAUGGUCCCUCUGACGUUGGGCCCCUGGGUGGCCCCGGGACGGUCCCCGGCCCCUUCUCCAUCUCCAUCAUCUCCAUCUCCACUGCUGCUGGUCCUGCUGCUGCUCUGCCUGGGACCCAGUGGUUCAGAAGGAAAUACACUCAAGCUGCUGCUUCAAAAGCGUGAAGGUCCGGGGGCCAUGAUCGUUUCAGCUUCUGCUCCAGCGAAGACGGAGGUGUCGGUGGGAGAGAGCCAAGCGAAGGAAUUCCUCAGCAGCCUGAAGCGCCAGAAACGCCAGUUGUGGGACCGGACUCAGCCAGAUGUGCAACAGUGGUAUCAGCAAUUCCUCUACCUGGGCUUUGAUGAGGCGAAAUUUGAAGAUGAUGUCACCUACUGGACAAACCGCGGAAGAGACAGCCAUGACUACUACGGUGGUUUCUACCAACGCCAUUACGACGAAGACGCGGCUAUAGGGCCUCAGAAUCCACACACCUUCCGGCACGGGGCAAGCGUCAACUACGAUGACUAUUGAACCUCAUUUCUAUUAGCAGGGGAAACAGGCCAGCCAUAUCUCUUGAUUGAUGUUUUAUACCUUGCAUAAUCACAGGUCUGGAUUGCCUUAAACGAAGAAGGACCUUUUUAUCAUUUAUAAAAUGUUUUUUUCUUUUACAACCAUGUAUUUUAUAUAAAUAAGUGGCAGAGGAUUCUCAUUAUCUUUGGGUAUGUCUCGGAACAGGUACAUAUUGAAUAUAAUACAUUUGAGAUUAGAAAUAAAGUCUUUGAUUUAAGAUUGUUCAA